CAUCCGGCGACACGUUUCCCCAAGCAGUCUCGAUUCCCACAAGAUCCUCUCUCUAUUCAAAUCCGCUAAAUGCUAUUUUUUUCCCAAAUUUAAUCACCAGCCUACGUCUUUUUUUCGUAUUGUUGUUUCUUUCAAAUGAUACUCCUACUGGAGAGUUAGUUAGUCAUACAAGCGGAGGAGUAUUGGAAGCCCAGAUGGGGGAGGUGAGGAAGCUGCAGAAGAAGUUAAGGCAGAUUGAGAACUUGGAAAUAAAAAUCAGUCUCACGCCAGAGGAGGAAUUUAAGAUCUCCAGGAAGGAGGAGCUGCGUCGCAGAUUGGCUGAGCUUCAGCUGCAGCUCUGUGGCCCACAGCGAACUCUGGGGAUCCGGGCAGACGGCGAGGAGGCAGAGAUGAAAAGACAAGUGGAGGACGCCCCCGAGGCCUUUCUAUCACAAACGCCUCCGGCCUCAAAGAUCCUGAGGGGCGAAGACGAGAAGUGUAAAUGUGAAGCCGGGCCGGCGCCGCCUGCCAAGCGUAAGGCGACAGGAGGAACGGCGAAGACGGCCCAGAGGCAGGAAAGGACACAGAAUGUCACCGUGUCACAUCACGGCGGGCGGGACACGCCAGAAGACGGUCCGGACCACAACGACCACGACGACGGGGAGCAGGAAGAUGCUGACUUCACAGCCCUUAAAACGUGUUGGCAGAAAUCAAAGUUUCGCCUGAGGCUGUUGGAGGGUCACAACGACAUCAUCACCUGUGUGGUUGCUGUUGACAACCUGGUGAUUUCUGGCAGCCGAGAUACUACCGUCAAGGUGUGGCAUGUUCCCACGGCAACGGAGCAGAAGAACCUGGGGGGUCACACUGCCGGGGUCACCUGCCUGUCUGCCCCUCCCCCUGAGUACUGCAAGAAGCUGGCCUGGUUGUUGUCGCUGUCAGAAAAGGAGAGGUUUAUUUUGAGCGGCUCGGCAGACUGCAACGUCAAGAUCUGGGCCCUGAGCAUCGGGCAGUGUGUAAAGUCGAUCUACACGUUCAACGCUGUGACGGCGCUCUGCUUUGUGCCUGAGGGAGACGGCUACAUCAUCACUGGCUCAGACGGGGGCAAAGUUCAAGCCUGGAACUGGCACACUUUGGACAACUGCCAGUCAAUCAACGCGCACCAGGAAGCAGUCACCUCCAUCCAGUCUCAGGGGCCGCUGGUGUUCAGCGGUUCGACCGAUGGUGGUGUGUCCGUGUGGGAGAACCGUUGUUCCGACCGAGACCCCCUGAGGCUGCUGCACCGCUGGAGCGGCCAGGUGACGGGCUGCGAGGGAGGGCGUGUCAGCCUCAGCCCCCGGGGGGACAAAGUGCUCCUGGCGUACGGUCAGGCGUGGAUCAAAAUCCUGCACUGGAAGACGGGAACCAUAUCCAGGCUGACCAAUCACAGCAGCAUCACCGGGGUGACAGACUGUGUCCACCAAACAGCCGGCCUCCUAAUCAGCUCUUGCUAUGAUUUGUCCGAUGGAGAGAGUAUGUUAAAUUUGUUUUCUGUGCCUCAGUGUCGCUACCUGGCCUCGCUGACCUGGCAGCGUGCGCCCAGAAUCCUUUGCUUGGCGGCGUGGACCACAGGGAGCGGAUACCACCGCUGGGUCACGGGAGGGCGCGACCUCGUCGUGUGGGAGCAGCUCCCCAGCUCCGGGAAGCAGAGGGGGGACGUCACUGUGAGGACAGACAGCCGAUUAGAAUCGCCUCUGGAGUCCGAGGGGGACACGGAAGAUGACGAGCAGACGGACGACGACUACCUUGAUGACGACGAGGACGGGAGACGAGGAGAAGAAGCUGAUGGGGAGUCCACCUCCUGGUUACGCUGCCUUCUUCAGUGACGACUGAAAGCAUCAAGGACAUUAGGUCUGGACUGUAAAUAUUAGCUACGCUUACAAUAAAACCAUCACAGCCCCAAA